AUGAAUGAUAAUUAUCAAUAUUGGAUGAUACUUCAAGAGAAGAGUGAUCUUUUUCAUACACGAUCAGCAUCUGUUCGUUGUGAUCGUCGACAACAUCUAUUAAUUUUCGAUUAUUUAGUUGAUAAAAAUACAUCGACAUCUUCAGCUGCUUCAACACUUAGUCUAACUGAUAAUUCAAGUGUAAUAAGUGGACAAUCAUCAAAAACUGUUGAUAGAAAUACAACUAUUUAUCUUGAACGUAUUCAAUAUAUACAACGAGGUGAUGGUACGAAUACUGGACGUUCAGCACGUAAUUAUCAUCAACUUAAUCAAAAUGGUCGUCAUCGUCCUAAUCAAAAACGAUUAGAAAUUUUCUAUUGGGCUGAUGAACCUCGUUCGGAAUAUCUUUAUAAAAGUGUUUCUUUUCAAAUAAAGAAACUCGAAAAUGAUUUUAAUGCAUGGGUUGAAGCUCUCUAUGCAGCUAUUGAUGAAGCAAAAAAUCUCAAUGAAGCAGCUAAACGAAAUCGAUGGAUUUUACGUGAGUAUGAGAAAAUACGAGGACUAACUGGUUUAACACUUGAUUCACUGAAUGGAUGGUUAAAUUCUCAUAUUGGUCUUAUUGGUGAAAAAGCUAAUGUUGCAAAUUUUAUUAAACAAACUGAUUUAUCUUCUCAAUCAAAUGAAAUAACUGAUGCAGUAUUUAAAGCAACAUAUCAACAUUUUGUUAAUAAACAACAAGAAAUUCUUACUAAAACUCUCAUGUCUGAUCUAAUAGGAGAAAAUCGAAUUUCAAUUGAAAAAUUUGCAGCACGUGUUACUAAUAAUGAACUUCAAUUAGUACCUUCGGAAAUCUCUAAUAUUCGUCAAUCAUUAGACUUACCAACAGGUCAAACAGAAAUUAGUUUUAAAAAAAUGAUUAGUUAUUUAUGGUCCGAUGCUAAUUCGGCAUUUGAUCCAUUAACUCGUCGACAAUGUACUGAUGAUAUGGACCAACGAUUAAAUCAUUAUUGGAUAUCAUCAAGUCAUAAUACAUAUUUAGCUAAAACUCAAUUAUUUAAUCCAGCUUCAGUUCAUUGUUAUAUUCAAGCAUUAUUAAAAGGAUGUCGAUGUAUUGAAAUUGAUGUUAUUGAUAAUCGAACUACUUUGGAACCAGAAAUAACACAUAUAAGAACUCCGAUUAAACCAAUACCAUUACGUGAUGUUCUAGAAGCUAUUCAAGAUUAUGCAUUUGUUACUAGCGAAUAUCCAAUUAUAAUAUCUAUUGAAAAUCAUUGUUCACCUGAACAACGUUUUAAAAUGGCUCAAAUGUUUAUUGAAAUAUUUGGUGGUAAUAAUGCAUUAAUGUUAACACAACCAAGUGUUGAUGCCGAUGAACUGUCAAGUCUUCCAUCAUUAUCUGUUCAAGGACAUGUACAAAUCUAUAGUUUUGCUAACAAAGGUUGGCUUGAUUAUAAUUAUACAAUUACAAAUGGUGAUGUAUACUUUGCUAAAGAUGAUGAAGCACAAAAAAAUCGAAAAACAACUGAUGAUCAAAGUGAUGAAGACACUGAUAAAAACGAUCUUUCAAAUAAUGAUUUAACACAAAUUUGGUAUCAUGGAGCUCUAUCACAUGAGGAGGCUCGACGUCUCCUUUUAUCCAAUGCUGGUUAUGAAGUUGGAGCUUUUUUAAUACGAAGAAGUUUAAAUAAAAAAAAAUAUUGUAUUUCAUUUCUUGCACCAAAUUGUGUUGUUAAAAGUAUUGAAAUAAAUGAAAGACAGCAUGAUGGAAAAACUGUUUAUGCAUUAACAAAUAAACAAUUUAAAUCAAUACCAGAUCUUAUUGCUCAUUAUCGAACAUAUGAUUUUGCUGAAGUUGUUCAAAAUUCGAAAGAAAAAGUAUCAUUUCGAUUAGGUAAACCAUUACCAAGAGAAAAAUGGCGUCAAGAACUUUUACGAAAAUCUUGGUAUCAACCAGAAUUAACACGAGAACAAACUGAACAAUUAUUAAAACAUAUUGGUGAAGAAAUGACAUUUCUUAUUCGAGAAUCAUCACAUCGUUAUUUACAAGAUUAUACAUUAUCUGUUUAUACAAGUGGUACAAUACGUCAUUCACCUAUUUAUCGUGAAGGUUCAGAUUUCAUGUUAAUGUCAAAAACAUUUACAAGUUUAGUUGAAAUGGUUCAUUAUUAUUCUCAUAAGCCAAUUUUCAAUAAUUUAACUUUACAAAAUCCUGCUAGACCAUAUUCAAUAUUGAAAUCUGAGCGACGUCAACAAUCAACACAAGAAAAUAAUCAAACUAUGGUUUUUAAACCAUUAAAUUCAACUAUUUCAUUGCAAGCUGAUAAAAUUCGAACAGGUCGUAUUGAUAGAAAUCUUGAUGAGGACGAAUCUGUUCAAGUUGAAUUAUAUACUUGUGAAGAUAAUACAAAAGAAUUUGAAGGUUAUUUAAUAAAAUUUAAAACAUGGGAUGAUUGGCUAUCAUUUAUAAUAAGAAGAACUUCAGCAUUAUCAGUAGUAACAAACUAUCGACAACCCGAUGAAAUUGCAAAUAAAACGCCACCUCUAGGAAUAAAUAAUCCAAAACUUCCAGCAUCGUCAAAAUCAGUUGAAUAUUCAAAAUUCUAUCUGGCAGAAUUUAAUAAAUUAAUUAUUUAUUGUCAAGGAGUUAAAUUAAAAGAACUUAAUAUUAGUAAAUCAGAAGAUCUUUUAGACAAAAUCAAAUCAUGUAAAGAAAUGAUAUCACUUAAUUUCGUCAAAGCAACAGCAUUUUGGUCAGAUAUUCGAUCAAUGAUAUUAUUUAAUCAAAAUCAUUUUACUCGUGUAUAUCCGGAUUUUUCAAGAAGAUCAUGGAAUUCACAUAACUUUGAACCAAUUCCACAUUGGUCAGCUGGUUGUCAAAUGGUAGCACUCAAUUUUCAAAUGCCUGGUUUCUAUGAAUUUCAAUCAUAUUCUAUUUAUUUUUAUCAAAUAUUAUUUUUAGAUCGUCAAAUGCAUUAUAAUGCUGGAAGAUUUGCAGCUAAUGGAGGUUCUGGUUAUAUUCUUAUGCCAAAAUAUAUACGUUUAUUUAAUAAAUAUAUGCCUGAAAUUGAUACAUUAUCAAUGUUAAUAAAAAUUCGUGUUGUAGCUGUUCGACAUUUACGUACAGAUCAAGCAAAAAGUAUUAUAAAAGUACAAAUUAAAAUCACAAUAAUUAGUAAAAAGAAAUCAGCUGAAAAUCAAAUUUGUUCAACAACAAUUAAUGGCCCAUGUGGUAUCUGGGAUUCGAAACAAUCAACAUCUAAACAUGAUCAACUUCAUGCCGAUAAUCGUCUUCAAUCAGAUAAUAGUGAGGUUGAUCUUUUAUAUUUUGAAGUAUUAACUGAUAAUGAAGAUUUUUGUGGACAAUCAACUAUUCCAUUAUCAUCAUUGAGAGCAGGCAUUCGAUCUUUACCACUGUAUGAUAAAUUCAAUGAACGUUUAGAUAUGAGCACUCUUCUUCUUGAUAUUAAUUUUAAAGCUGGUAUUAUAUUAUUAAUUAUAUUUUAA